AUGUUUCGUGCCGCUUUAAAUCACUUCCACAACAAAUGGAAAUCUUAUCGAUACAGGUUCGUGCCUUGGAUUGCUUUGAACGUAUCUAAAAAUGAGAAGACUUUGCGAAAAGUGAGCGAGCGCAGACUGGACAAGCUGCUCGCAGACGAUGAAGUGUCCAGCUGCCUCCUGCGGCUGUUUGGGCUCCUUCAUAGAGGACAGGACUCCCAGGCAGCCCUGGAUUCUGCAUCUGCUCAUUCGGACAAGUUAAGCGCAGGAAUGUGUGCGCACGAAGCCAUGUUGCACUCACUGGGGUUCUGCAUCCAAAGAAAGCCCAGCUCUGUGCCUUUUGCCGGGACUGGAGUCUUUGUUACUCAAGGUGCCAUUCCCAAAGGAGCCACAGUCGCCAUGUAUCCUGGAACAGUGUACCAGGCUCAUGAGCCCAUUCUGCUCCAGUCUAUUCGAAACCCGUUUGUUUUCAGUGAUUCUGCUGAUUACAACAGCUCAAGAGAUCGUGACCAUGGAGGGCCGGACGGAAUGGAGCCUGAUGGCGUUAUCGAGAGCAAUUGGAAUGAAAUUACCGACAAUUUUGACGAUAUGGUCCUGAAAGAGGCUCUUCUUCGAGGAAUAUAUGCUUACGGUUUUGAGAAGCCAUCAGCGAUUCAACAAAGGGCGAUCAUCCCUUGUAUUAAAGGCUAUGACGUUAUUGCCCAAGCCCAGUCCGGUACUGGCAAAACUGCUACGUUUGCCAUAUCUAUCCUGCAGCAGUUGGACAUAGAGCAGAAGGACACGCAGGCGCUUGUUUUGGCCCCCACCAGAGAGCUGGCUCAGCAGAUCCAGAAGGUGAUUCUAGCUUUGGGUGACUACAUGGGUGCGACCUGCCAUGCCUGCAUUGGGGGAACAAACCUCCGAAAUGAAAUUCAGAAGUUCCAAGCUGAAGCCCCCCAUAUAGUUGUUGGCACUCCAGGACGAGUGUAUGAUAUGCUCAACAGGAGGCAUUUGAUUCCCAAAUAUAUAAAGAUGUUUGUCCUGGAUGAAGCUGAUGAGAUGUUAAGUCGUGGCUUCAAGGAUCAGAUCUAUGAAAUCUUUCAAAAGUUGAGCACAAAUAUUCAGGUGGUUUUGCUCUCCGCAACAAUGCCUGCAGAUGUGUUGGAGGUCACGAAGAAAUUCAUGAGGGAUCCCAUUCGCAUUUUGGUCAAGAAGGAGGAACUCACCCUGGAGGGUAUUAAGCAAUUCUACAUCAAUGUAGAGCGAGAGGAGUGGAAGUUGGAUACAUUGUGCGAUCUUUAUGAGACUUUAACAAUUACCCAGGCAGUCAUUUUUCUCAACACAAGAAGAAAAGUUGACUGGCUGACAGAGAAAAUGCACGCACGAGACUUCACUGUAUCCGCUUUGCAUGGCGAUAUGGACCAGAAGGAGCGUGAUGUUAUUAUGAGAGAGUUCCGUUCAGGAUCGAGCAGAGUGCUAAUCACGACGGAUCUUCUGGCCCGAGGCAUCGAUGUUCAACAGGUUUCCUUGGUCAUAAACUAUGACCUCCCAACGAAUAGAGAAAACUACAUUCAUAGAAUUGGCCGUGGAGGCCGUUUUGGCAGAAAAGGCGUCGCUAUCAACUUUGUCACUGAGGAGGACAAGAGGAUUCUUCGGGACAUUGAGACAUUUUACAAUACAACCGUGGAGGAGAUGCCCAUGAAUGUGGCAGAUCUCAUCUGA